AUAAGUUUUGCUCUCCUCUUCUUCUCCCGCUAAGGACUAGCCCUAACAGCCAGCCCCUUUCUCUCAACCCUAUCUCCCUUCCUCGGUCGCCUUCGCCGGCCUAGGCCUUUCCGCCGGCGGCUCCCUCUUUUCUUCCCUGUCCUCUUUUCUUCUUUUUUCUCUUCCCCUUCCUUCUGCCGCCAGUUUCCUCUCUCUAUAAAAAAGCCUAGACGCCGUUCUUCUUCUCGGGGUGCAAGGUCUCCUCUCAUAAGACCGUACAAAUACGUCCAAAUUUAUCCUGUCCGUAUCAUCCAUUAAAUCAGCGGCAACUGAAGGCUCCGUCUCAUUUCUUCAAAGAGCUGGGUGCUUCUUUUAUCUUCCUUCUCAUUUCUUUCCUAGCUAUGUCCCGGGCUGCUACGCCUCUGGAAAGUCUUAACAUCAAUCUUCUUCCAAAGUUUAUCUGGGAGAAAUGGUUGGAGAAUCUUUGCCAGAGUUCAAUGGGCUGAAAGGUGUUCUGCAGCCAUUACUCAGUGCAUCAAAUUCAUCUUCACUAAAAGAAGCCCUUGAGAUUCUUAUCAAAGUUUCUAGGACUGCUGCAGGCCGUGCAGAACUUGCUUUAAGGAAUAUCCUUCCAACAGUCCUUAAGCUUGUUGAAUCUCUCCAUCACACAUCAAGUCGUGAAUAUCUCAUGAAUUCUCUGAAGCUUCUUAGGAACCUAUGUGCAGGAGAAGUCGCCAAUCAGAAUGCAUUUUUUGAACAAAAUGGAGUUGAAGUUGUUUUGAGUGUUAUGAGGUCUGCAGCACUUCUUUCUAAUCCAGAUUCUGGGGUUAUUCGUGUCAGCCUGCAAGUUCUGGCAAAUGUUUCAUUAGCUGGAGAAGACCAUCAGCAGGCUAUUUGGCUUAAGUUCUUCCCGAAUGAGUUUUCUGUGCUAGCGAGAGUUCGAAGUCAAGAGACUAAUGAUCCUUUGUGUAUGAUUUUAUAUACCUGUUGUGAUAAAAGGCCUGGACUGGUUGCUGAGCUAUGUAGAGAUAUGGGGUUGCCUAUUGUAGUGGGUAUAAUAAGGACUGUUGCUUCAGUGGGUUUUGGAGAAGAUUGGCUUAAGUUACUUCUCUCAAGAUUAUUUUUGGAAGAUAUUCACUUUCCUCUGGUGUUCUCUAAAUCAUGUGAAGGCAGUUCCUUCGAUAAUAGUGGAAAUACUGCUUCUGGGGAUGAUCUUUUUUCGUCAGAGCAGGCUUUUCUUUUGAGAAUCAUUUCAGAGAUCCUAAAUGAACGAAUUGAGGAGAUACAAGUUUCCAGUGAGUUUGCAUUGUGUGUUCUUGGAAUAUUUAAGAGAUCAGUGAGGGUUGUUGAUUUUGCCGCCAGAUGCACGUCUAGUCUUCCUACAGGCUGUACAUCCAUUGAUGUUAUGGGAUAUUCACUCAUCAUUUUGAGAGAUAUCUGUGCUCGAGAAGGUGUAGGAGACGUGAAGAAGGAUUCCUUAGAUGUUGUUGAUAUGCUACUCUCCCAUGAACUUAUAGACAUUCUUUUAUUUUUACUUCAUGAUCUUGAGCCUCCAGCAAUCAUAAGAAAAGUCCUGAAGGAGGGUGACAACCAAGGACUGAAUUUGUCUGCAUCUAAGCUUUGCGCUUAUAAAGGAUUCCGGAGAGAUAUGAUAGCAGUAAUUGGGAAUUGUGCCUAUCGAAGGAAGCAUGUACAGGAUGAAAUAAGGCAGAAAAAUGGGAUUCUACUGCUGUUACAGCAGUGUGUUACUGAUGAUGACAACCCAUAUCUGAGGGAAUGGGGCAUUUGGUCUUUGAGAAAUUUAUUAGAAGGGCAUCCAGAAAACCAACAGGCGGUGGCUGAUUUAGAGCUACAAGGGUCUGUUGACAUGCCUGAACUUUCAAGACUUGGUCUUAGAGUAGAGCUUGAUCAAAAGACUCGACGUGCAAAGCUAAUAAAUAUCCCAGGAAGCUGUCCAAAGCUCGAUGAGUAAGUUUACUUGUUUAAACCCCCCCAAAAAAGGUGCCAUGUUACUUGAAGUUAUUCGAUUUGCACACUUUCUUGAGGAGCUGAUCCAGGAAGGCAGAAAGCUUGACUAUGCAAUCUGAUUUUGGUAUGGUAUGAUUUUUAGAUCGUGAUAGUGAAAAUUGUCCUUUCCCUCUAUUUGUAUGAUAUUUUGUUUUGGCUGAUAUUCUGGGUAUUAAAUUUUCUUACACAAACUUUUUGUCAUUUUCCAAACAUUUCAUAGUUCUUAGUAAAGCUUAUGAUGCAUUGACCUUU